CAUGCUAACACUCAACCAUUGCCACUCGGAGCAGUGGCAUUACUAGGACUCGGCGCUUCCGUCCUAACCAAAACCCUAACCUUCUCUGCUGCCUUCUCCGCUUUUGGCGAUCCCAUUCCUUGGCUCAUUGCUCUCGCCUUCUUCUUCGCUCGUGGUUUCAUCAAGACUGGACUUGGUAACAGAAUAGCUUACCAAUUCGUUUCCCUAUUCGGAUCUUCCUCUUUAGGUUUAGGCUACAGCUUAGUCUUCAGCGAAGCUUUAUUAGCGCCAACAAUUCCGUCCGUAUCCGCACGCGCAGGUGGAAUUUUCCUCCCUUUAGUCAAAUCUCUCUGCGUAGCGUUUGGAAGCAACGUGGGCGACGGAACGGAAAAUAGAUUAGGAUCCUGGUUAAUGCUGACAUGUUUCCAGACUUCUGUUAUUUCUUCUUCCAUGUUUUUAACAGCAAUGGCGGCGAAUCCAUUAAGUGCUAAUUUAGCUUUCAAUACCAUUAAACAGCAGAUUGGAUGGACGGAUUGGGCUAAGGCGGCAAUCGUGCCGGGUUUAGUUUCGUUGCUUGUUGUGCCAUUGAUUUUGUAUGUUAUUUAUCCACCAACGGUGAAGACUAGUCCCGACGCCCCAAGACUUGCCAAGGAGAAGCUGGAGAAAAUGGGACCGAUGACCAAGAAUGAGAUUAUUAUGGCUGACUCUGUUUCUAAAAAUUAG